GUUCCUUUGCUUGCGUUGCGUUGCAUUGCAUUGCAUACUCUCUCUCUCUAUUCUUCUCUCUCUCUCAAACAACAUAGAAAGAAAAAGGACUUUGUGUGGAGUCACCAUGUCAGUCUCGCUUUAUUCAGAAUUCAUGGGUCCACAGUCCUCUGCUUGAAAUUCCAGGCUUUCGUGGGCGACACGAUCCGAUUCUGCCGCUAUCGCGUACUCUCUCUUCAAUUUUACAUUUUCUUUGGUUUCUGAGAAUUUGAUGGAAAUGGAGGAUCAAGUUCAACAGCAGCAGCAGUUUGUUGGGAUGGCGGAUCUACUGAUGAAUGGGAGGCCGGCAGUGCCACCUCAGCACGGGGAGUUGUUUUCUGGGCAUCGUGGGGGACUGUCGCAGUAUGAGAUGAUGAUGGUGGGAGUGCCACGUGGAGGGUUGCAAGACUUGGUGUCUUCAGCUGAUACUAAAACCACCACCACUCCUUGUGGCGGCGGCGGUGGUGGGUUGUUGGACAUGAGUGACGGUGGUUGUUUUGGCGGAGGUGAUGGAGGGAGUGGGAGAUGGCCGAGACAAGAGACUUUGACACUUCUUGAGAUCAGAUCUCGUCUUGAUUCUAAGUUUAAGGAAGCUAAUCAAAAGGGUCCUUUGUGGGAUGAGGUUUCUAGGAUAAUGUCUGAGGAAUAUGGGUACCAAAGGAGUGGAAAGAAAUGCAGAGAAAAGUUUGAAAAUUUGUACAAAUAUUACAAGAAGACCAAAGAAGGCAAAGCUGGAAGACAAGAUGGAAAACACUACAGGUUCUUUAGACAACUUGAAGCUCUAUAUGGAGACAACACUAAUACAAACACUCCAACCUUAACUCAAGAUGCCAGCUUUAACACUAUGCGAUUUCACACUUCCAUUCCAGCAACAAAUCAAGACACAUUGUUUCACUCUCAAAAGCUUUUUUGUGACAGCCUCAGCCUCUCCAAUUCGUCGGAUUUCGAUACUACUUCGUCCGACGACAAUGAUCUCAGCACCGGAGCAAAUGAUUCGUCCGAUAAGAGGAGGAAGAGAAGAGGAGGAAUGAGGAGUUGGAAGGUGAAGAUAAAGGAGUUCAUCGAUUCGCAAAUGAGAAAGUUAGUAGAGAAGCAAGAGGAGUGGUUAGAGAGAUUGACAAGGACACUUGAACAAAAGGAGCAAGAUAGGAUUAUUAGAGAAGAAGAAUGGAGGAAACAAGAGGCUUUAAGGAUUGAUAGAGAUAACAAGUUUUGGGCUAAAGAGAGAGCGUGGAUCGAAGCUCGCGAUAAUGCUUUAAUGGAGGCAUUGCAGAAGAUAACUGGAUCAGUAGAAGUAAAAGCUCCAUCUCCUGAUCAUGUCCAUGAUCAAAAUGGAAAUAUCAAUGAAUUAAUGUUAAACAAGGGUGUGGAUUGCGACCCGUGGGAAGAAUCCGAGAUCACAAGGUUGAUUGAAUUGAGAAGUGUAAUGGAACCAAGGUUCCAACAAAGUGGUGUUGAAGAUCAUGUUAUUGUUUUGUGGGAGGAAAUAUCAGCUAAGAUGGCAGAUCAUUCUGGGUAUGAAAGAAGUGCAUUAGUUUGUAAAGACAAAUGGGAUAGUAUAAAUGAUUAUAUUAUGAUGAGGAAGGGUAAUAACAAGAGAAGGAGAGAGAGUUCAAGCUAUUUUCCAAGCAAUCAUCAGUCUCUAUACAACCAAGGAGGAGGAGGUUAUGGUGAAAUGAGUUCACAAGAUGGGUCUUCACCUUCUAACCCUAGCACAAGCAAUGUUGUAAAUGUGAAUGAUGGCUGCUUUAGGUUUCUGAUGAGUGAUGGAGGUACCAAUAAUUUGUGGGAGGACUAUGGUUUGAAGCUUAGUAGAGGAGGAAACCAGUAGAAGCUAGCUAGCUAAAGCACCAUGUGAGAGUUUGCUUACUUACUUACUGUGGGUAAAUAAUGCAACUUAAUGGUGUUGUAAGCAAGACUUGACUGAGUAGUAGUGCGUUGGGAAAUUCUUUAACGUUGAUUUAAUUUGGUGUAUGUUGCCAGUGUGGAGUGGAUUGGAUUGACUGUCCGAGUUUAGAGCUAGUCCAGAUGAACAUGUUGGGCUGGUAAAUUCUCGAUUACUAAAAAAGACCUAAUUUGGUGUAGCAGAUUAAUUGCAAUAUUGUUCCAAGUACUCUCUCACCAAGGCAGUGGGUGUAAUUUGUUGUUUGUUUUCUUGCUUUUAUUUUCAGGUUGUUAUGAGUGGAUGCUCUACGGUGGUUUAUUUCUA